CUUUAAAGCGGUGUCACGUGAUUAUCAAGUCUCCUCCCAUUGGUUGUCACAAGAUGGUGAAGUAAUGCCAGCCUGGUUCGCUUUUCAUGUCGUUCUUUUUCUUCCACUGUUAGUUUGACUUUGACUCUUUAUUUUUCACAACUAAAAUUCCAAACCAGGUAGGUCAGCAUUUCCCAGACCGAGCUAGCUCUUAUUUUUGAAGAAUUUGUUGCUUAAAGAAGCAAAUAAAACAAUUAAUACCAAAUCAGUGAAGCCCAUUUCAGUUUAAUGCAGACUUUUCAAAACUAAAAAAAAGGAUCAAAAUACUAUUUUUCUUCAGCUGGACACUAGAGGAGAGGUUUAAUAAGAUGUGGUCUUUCUGGCUCGUCGUCCUCUUGUCUAAACUGCAGUUUGCAUCAUCAUCAUCAUCUUCCUCUUUUUCCUGGUCUCCUUUUCUCACUGUGUGGAACGCCCCGACCGCCAGCUGCCUCUCUCAGUAUGGCGUUGACCUCGACUUGGGGAUGUUUAGCAUCGUCUUGAACCAGAACCAGACUUUCAUGGGGGGAAACAUCACUAUUUUCUAUGCAGAAAAGCUCGGUCUUUACCCCAGAUACUCUGUUCAGGGUGAUCCUAUCAAUGGAGGGCUGCCCCAAAAUUGCAGCCUCGAUGAGCACCUUAGAGCCACCCGCUCCAACAUCAGCACCUUCAUCCCUGACGGCGCUUUCCAGGGGCUGGCUGUGGUGGACUGGGAGAGCUGGAGGCCUGUGUGGGAGAGAAACUGGGACAGCAAACAGGUGUACUGGGAGGGGUCAGAAGCACUGGUGAGAGCCAGACAUCCAGACUGGAGUCCCGCACAGGUAAAUGCUGCAGCCCGGCUGGAGUUCAUGGAAGCUGGAAGGAAAUUCAUGGAGGAAACCGUGAAACUGGGGAAGACACUAAGACCAAACGGUCUGUGGGGUUAUUAUGGAUUCCCCAACUGCUACAACUCCUUCAAAAGCACCAACUAUACGGGGGAGUGCCCGGCUGUGGAGAUGAAAAGGAAUGACCAGCUGUCCUGGCUGUGGAACGCCUCCUCCGCUUUGUAUCCGGACAUCUACCUCAGUGUUGAGAUGCGGGGCCUCGGAGGAGAGGUGCUCCUCUACACUUACCACCGGGUGCAGGAGGCCCUGAGAGCUGCAGCAGGGGUUCCUCCUGCCGGUCUGCCCGUGUUCCCUUACGCUCGCAUCGUCUACACCUACACACUGGACUUCCUCUCUCUGGAGCACCUGAUCUACACGGUUGGGGAGAGUGCUGCUUUGGGAUCUGCUGGGGUGGUGCUCUGGGGGGACGGCAUCUUUUCCAAGUCGAAGGCUACUUGUGAAGCAGUCAAAUCCUACAUCGAUGAGGUUCUGGGCUCCUACCUGGUCAACGUGACCUCAGCUGCUGUUCUGUGCAGUCAGACCGUGUGCUCCUCCCACGGUCGAUGUCAGAGGAAAGACCCCAAACCCAGGGCGUAUCUACACCUCAGUCCUGCUGCGUGGAAGUUGAUAUCGAGGAAGGGACCCGGAGGGAGGAGAAACUACACUGUUUUAGGAGAGAUGUCGGCACGCACGGUCCAAGAAAUGAAAUCCAAGUUUCAGUGUAUGUGCUUCCCUGGAUGGAGUGGUGACAACUGCUCAAAGCCACUUCAGGAAUAAAUUUUUUCCCCUUGUU